AUGGUACAUCUUUCGGCAUCAAUCAAUCCUUCACCUUUAUUUCAGAUCCGUUUAGAACAAGAUACUUUGACAAUGCGUGGUUUACAAUCAGAGUCGGUUGGUUGUGUUCUUCGUGGUCAACUCGUUUUAGUUAUAACCGAACCAACGAAAUUCAAGGAAAUAAAAUUAACUUUUCAAGGAAAAUCAAAGCUGGCAUGGGCAGAUGGCGUAGGAUCUGGUCAAUAUUAUCUUAAUGAAGAAAGAAUUUUAUUUCAACACGACUGGAUAUUUUUACCAGCAAAAAAGCAAUGUACCGUGCUCGCACCCGAUAAUUAUCACUGGGAUUUUGAAUUGAUCCUACCAGGAACUUUACCCGAGACAAUUGAUCGAUGUGAACUUGGAAAAUUAGGUUACAAAUUAAAAGCUGUUGCGGAAAGACCCGCCUUUGCUCUAAACCUUCAUUCGGAGAGAAAGGUCACCUUACAAAGAAGUCUGUUACCAAGUUCAUUCGAAUAUUCACAAAAUUCAAUGGUGGCAAAUACUUGGACUGGAAAAGUCGAUUACGAGAUUUCCGUGGAUUCAAAAGUUUUUGUUUUUGGUGAAAAAGUCACAGUUUCGAUAAACUUAAUUCCAAUUCAUGAAGGGCUUAAAGUUCAUAACCUUUUAUGCACACUAAAAGAAUAUGCCACGAGUACUGUGGGGACAAGUAAAAAAACGGUUUCAAAGAUUUUGAGAGUUCAUCGAGAAAAUCAUUUCCCGUGCGAAGGAAAUUCUUGGAAUUAUUCUUUUGAAAUGUUCAUUCCACCUUUUUCAGCAUGCCUCUGCGACUCGCAGAAUGACAUCAUCAAAAUCAAACACAAGCUUAAGUUUUUUAUCAUGUUUGCCAACCAAGGAAGUGCAAGUUUUAGCGAAUUGAUUGCCGAUAUUCCAAUCAUAAUUUCCCCAAAUAAUGAUUCAAUUAUAUCCUCCCUAAUACCUGCUCCUCUUGCCGAUAAAUUACCUCCAACUUAUGAUGCUUAUUUUU